UUUUGGAUCUGGUAAGCUUCGCGCCGCCACCUCCGCCAACGACCACCGAUUCUCGAUAUUUGCUGCGCCUGUGUAGGACGAAAACGUGUGGCUCUCCUGCACCGCUCAUUCAUCUGUUCGCGACCUCUUGUAAGGACAAGAGACAACGGAGAUGGCGUCGCCAUCAGGGUCAGCGGUGUUUGCCGCAAUGGAUAUGGAAGUGGAGAACGAGGCCGGGCCGUCGUCGAGAAAGACACGGUCCGUGUCGAAGCGCAACAAGGCUAUCGCUGCCGUCUCUGGCGCCAUGGUCACCUCACUCACAAUGACUCCGUUCGACGUCAUCAAGACGAGAUUGCAGACGCAGCGGGCACUUGAUCCGCUCUUCCAGCCCCCGACUCGCGCAGGGAGCGUAACUUGCUGCCAACCAACAAUACAGGCCCCGACCUUUGACGAAGCAGGCAAGCUGUGCCGCUACGACCCGCGUAUGGAUGCGCAGACACGAGCCAGUACGUCGCCGCACCUGAAGCCGCGGAUACCACGGGCGACCCCGGCGGUGCACCAUGCCACCGACAUGCGCCCGAGGGUGAUGCCCAACGUCUUUGUGUCAGCCAGCAACAUGUCUGCCACGGCAUGCGCCUUUCCCGAUCGAGAAGUGGCUGCGCGGGAGCUGCGAGCUGUGGCAUCCGAGGGUCGACUGGGCGGCUUGUGGGACGGGGCGAUCAAAAUUGGCCGGCAGGAGGGCAUCAAGGGCCUUUGGAGGGGGCUCAGUCCAACGCUGGUGAUGACGGUGCCGUCGCAAGUGACUUACAUGACGUGCUACGAUCACUUUCGCCUUUACUUCUUGGAGCUCGGGCCAGAAGUCCACUCGUCUGGUCAAGUGUCGCUGUCCAAUGUCACACCGCAUACACUGGGGGCCUCUCUUGCUGCAGGUGCUAUUGCGAGGAGCAUCAGCGCAACGCUAGUCACGCCCCUCGAGCUGCUGCGUACCCGGCUGCAGGCGACGACGUCGGGAGCCAGCAAUGGCGUGGAGAGAGGACUCAGCAACGUCUUUCGGGACUUGGGCCGCCAGGUAUCUCGAGAAGGGCCCACCGUCAUGUUUCGAGGCUUGGUCCCGACGCUGUACCGCGACGUUCCCUUCAGUGCCAUCUACUUUGCGGGCUACGAAAGCAUGAAGCGUGUCCUGACCGGCAGCGGCUUGGGCGAGCGAAACGACGACGCGAUGGGGGCUCGAACAAAGAGCCAGGAAUUUGCAACAGCCUUUGUCAGUGGGGCCACGUCUGGCAUUGUCGCUGCCGUCUUUACGCAGCCAUUUGAUCUCAUCAAGACGAGGCUUCAGGCCGAGCAAGGGGGUGGCAGUAACACGGCAAACGGGCGCAGCGUGUUGUCAAUGGCGAGAAACAUCGUCCAAAACGAGGGAGGAUUCAUGGGCCUGUUCCAGGGCAUGAGCCCGAGGGCAGCCAAGGUGGCACCGGCGUGUGGCAUUAUGAUUGCCAGCUUCGAAGUCGUGGGGAGGUGGCUCGAGGAUCAUUCAUAGAUACAACAACAAGCAUAGUCUGAUCUCAAAAGAAGUAGAUAACAAUAAGCAUCAUUACCCAAUUCAUCCAUCAUAGCUCCA